AUGGACCUUUCAACCAUACUACGCAAUGCGAAGGCCAGGAAGUACAAGAACAAGGCAGAGUUUGCAGCAGACCUUGAUCUGAUAUGGAAGAAUUGCCACGAGUACAACAGUCAAGAGACACAUCCUCUCCGUUCUGCUGCCAAAUUCAUGAAACAGAAGGCCGACCAUCAUCUAGAAUAUCUUGCAGACCGAGCGGAACGGACCAAGCAUCUACAGACUCUUCUGCCGCCGUCCUCUGCAUCUACGCCAGCAGGUCCGUCCGGCUCUUUGGGAGUCAGCGGGGCAGCUGGCUCCUCGAGGCUGAGAGAAGGCUCGACUAUGGGCGGCGACGAGGAUGCUGCCGGAGAAAGCGAUGACGCCCUUGGUGAGGGUGACGACGCCGAUGGAGAGGUUGAUGCGAGUAUCACUGACGGAGAAGCAAAAGAAGCAGCGGGUUUUCGUGAAGGGGGUGCGGAGAGAGGAGAGUGGGGGGAGGCGCUUGGCCGAGGUGAGGAUGGACAAAGUAGAGGAGUCAGCGUAGCCUCCUCGUCCCGCGCAGGUCAGGCCAAUGGUCUCAAACGCAGCCCAUCUGCAAAAAGACCUUUCCUCCCAACCACCCUGGACAGCGUUCCCGCUCUUCUUCGCACCCCCCAGUCUGUUGCCUCAUUCUCGCCCGUGUUUCCGGUAGCAGAGCCAUCGUGGUCAGAUAAGGGCAAGGCGAAAGAAAUAAUAUCGCCCUACUCCCCGCCUUCCUGGUAUGCCUCUUUCGCUGGACCAUCGACUAGUACAUCUGGUACGCCCUCAGCUAUGGAGGUCGAUGCCGAAGACGAAGACGCUCAAUUCGAAGGUUGUUGGUGGGGAGCUCUGGCGUCUGAUGAGGCUUUGGUAGCAGGCCUCCCGGCUGUACCAACAAUGGCUACCCCCCGGCCUGUGAGGCGGAAGAGGCUGAAACCUUCUUUGCCUGUCCCGCCUUUACCAAACGGAAUUGCCAACCACUCGGCAGAGCAGAUGCCUUCCCCACAGAAACCGCACAUUCCUCCUCGUUCACGAUCGCCCUCGCCCAGCCCCGAAAAACUGCCCACAACAGAAGCACAAGACCAAUCAUCACUCCAGAGACCUUCUACUGAAAGCGCAGCGCCGUCAGAUAAACCGAUAUCCAUUCCAGCCAUCGUUAGACGGACUGUCAACAAUCUGGACAGCGCCCGGUCAAUCGCGCACAAAGUCAGCGAGUUUCAGCGAAUUGAAGCUGAAGGGGGCGUCCUUCCCCCGAGGAGCUUAUCGCCACCUCUAUCCGAGCAAGCCUCUAUCGAGGAAGCUCGCCAAUUACGGCGAGAAGCUCUCGCUGGAGAAAGGCAGGCCAUACAUGAUCGACGGCGUGAAGGAGGCGAAGUCGGUCGGGAAGAAGCCGUUUUGACGAUGAGGAUGUGCACCGCUGGAUUACUCGCCCGAGCAGGGUUCGAAGGCGCCAAUGAAGGAGCCCUUGAUCUUUUCACCAGGGUUGCUGCAGACCAUCUCGAGAGGCUGGGAAGAACAUUUAGACUCUUGAUGGACGGAUUGUCGCACAAAAUGUCCCCAGAGGAGCUCAUCCUCCAUGCACUGCAUGAGAAUGGCCAAGUGGAGACCAGGGAUAUUGAAAGUCAUAUCAAGGAUGAUAUCCAAAGAGAAGACUUCAAGGUCAAUGAAAUGCACAAGAAGAUGCGACACGCGUUCUUUGAUAUUACCUCCGCGCCAGUCAUUGAAGACGAUCAGAUGUUUGCGGACGAUGGCGAGAUGUUGCUAGAUGGCAAUUUCGCAGAAGAGCUUGGCGAGGAUUUCCUUGGGCUUCGUGAGCUGGGAAUUGCUGGAGAGAAUGGCAUGUCUACCCUGAGUGUUCCCCAGUCUCUCUUCUAUGGAAGAAAGAAGCGACCGACCGAUCACGGAAGAGGGAGUAACGGUAAAUCAGAUCUACCUUAUCCGCCUCCGCCGCCUUUCGUUACUCUUUCCCCGAUCACUAUCUCGACUACUGUUCCCGCAUUACUUCACGCAUUCUACAAUGCCCGUGUUGAAUCAGGAUUGUCUCUCUCCGAGGAUGAUGCUUUCGAUGCUGCUAGGGCCCAAAUAGGAUCACUGGGGCAAGUCGUGAUAAAAGGUGGAAAGGACGCGAAGUUUGGAAAUACCGACGCGAAGGGCAAAGGCAAGAAGAGAGAUCGAGAUGAAGAUGAAGAUGGUGAAAGGAAAAAGUCCUCAGCCAAAAAGGAGCCUGGUGUAGGAAAGGGUAACUGGACUCGCCCAUCCAAGACUGAAAAGACCAUCAAGAUACAUGUCCCAGCCAUGCCGCAGGUGAAUGGAUCUAAGUAUAUCGCAGAUGAAGAAGAGGAAGAUGCGGAAGGAGAAGAAGAGUAG